UUGACGUGUGAUUCUGAGUGUAGCUAGCUAACACCAAACUUCUGCAGCCGGCUUGUCACGGCUCUCUGCACUCACAGGCUGCAGUGAUGGCUGCUGACUGGGAGGAGAUACGGCGACUCGCUGCUGACUUCCAGAGGGCUCAGUUCACCGACACCGUGCAAAGGUUGUCCGAGAGGAACUGCAUAGAAAUAAUCACCAGACUGGUUGGAGACAAGAAGCUAGAUGUGGUGCACACGCUGGAUGGGAAGGAGUACAUCACUCCAGCACAGAUCAGCAGGGAAAUCCGAGAUGAACUUUACGUCCACGGAGGAAGAGUCAACAUUGUGGACCUGCAGCAGAUCAUCAAUGUGGAUUGGGUCCACGUUGAAAACAGAGCAAAUGACAUUGCUAGGUCCGAUAAAGGGAUUCAGCUGGUUCUGGGGCAGCUGAUUGAUGUGCCUACGCCCAUCAGCAGUGUGAUCGGAGCCUUUGGAUUUCAGGAGCACCUUCUGUACUCUGUCCUGGAGGAGUUGGUGAACAGCGGCCGUCUGAGAGGAAGUGUGGUUGGAGGAAGACAGGACAAAGCCGUUUAUAUCCCUGAUAUUUACGCCAGAACUCAGAAUGCCUGGGUGGACUCCUUCCUCCAGCAGAAUGGAUAUCUAGAGUUUGAUGCGUUACUCAGGCUUGGGAUCCCUGACCCUUCCAGCUACAUCAAGAAGCGCUACAGAUCCAAUAAGCUGCUAUUUCUCCGAGGAGCCUGUGUGGGUCAGGCUCUGGUGGACCAGGUGGAGGCCUCUGUGGAAGAAGCUGUUAACUCUGCCACGUGGACUGACCUCCAGCCGGUUCUGCCCAGCUGCCUCUCCAUGGAGGACGUUGGGAUGCUCAUCAGCCAGGCUAUGAGGAACACAAACAUCCAGUCCUCUGCCAGAGUGCUGGGAGGAUCUGUCGUUGUCAGUGAGAAGUUCAUCAGCAACUGUGUGUCCUUGUUUGAUGAGACCAUGCAGCAGAAAGCUCAAAAGGAGGUGAAGAACAAUCCUGUCUUUCUGAUAACUGAAGAAGACCUGAAGCAGGUGGCUGUCCAGACAGAGACCUCAGCGCCUUCCAAAAAGGAAAAGAGGGAAGCAGAGCGCAGGAAAAAGGCUACAGAGGGCAGCGGCAGUGUGAAAUCAGGAGGGGGAGGAAACGCCAGAGAGAUUCGCAUUCGUAAAACCAAGAAGAAGGGCAGGAAGGAGGAGGACAGUGAUGAAGACACUGGACCUUCACAGCAAAGUCGCAGUAAACAGACUGAAGCCCCAUUUAUGGCAGAGGAGGAGAUUGUCACCACUUUAGAACAAAGACUGAAUGACUGCCCUGAAGAAGUCCUUUCUGAGCUGGCAGAACAUCUAGUCAGACCUCUGAAUAAAGCCUACCAGGAGGUUCUGCGGACCGUAUUCCUGUCCUCCAGCAGCUCUUCUUCAGGCCACAGCAAGAAGAACAUCAUGAAGGAGCUGCAGGAGGAGAUCAUAAACCUGUACAACAACAUCCGCCUGUUUGAAAAAGGCACCAAGUUUUUCUCAGAUGAAACCCAGGUCUACAUCACCAAGCACCUUCUGAAAAGCUUGUGCACUGAUGUGACCAACAUCUUGGUGAACUUCUUGGCUGCAGACCUGAUGAUGUCUGUGGAGAAUCCUGGCACCAUCAGCACUGAGGUCCGGGUAAAGAUUCUGGGGAAACUGUCGGAGGAGACCAGAGGACCUCUCAUGAAGCUGCACAACUCCCUGACUGGAAAAACACUUGAAGACUUUCUGACCAACCUGGAAAUGUGUGCUGAGGUGUGUGGCUUCAUGCUUAAGAAGGGGGACAAAAAAAGAGAAAGACAGGCCCAGUUCUUGCACCGCCAGGCUCUCAGUGAGCAGUUGAAGGAGACGGAGGAUCCGGCUCUGGUUCUCCACCUGACUAGUGUUUUGCUGUUUCAGACCAGCACCCACUGCAUGCUGGAUACCCCGGGCCGCUGUGUCCCACAGAUUAUAGGGACUCUCACAGGCAGGAUCCCCACG